AUGCGUUCUUUAUUCGAAAGUAAAAGUGUUCUGCAGUGUUUUCAAAUAAUGUUCUUCAUACUCUAUCACACUGGCUGUUUGGGGUUUAAACUGAAGAAUGGUGUCAAGUUGUAUUAUACACGCUGGUCCACUAUUUACAUUUACAUUGUGCGUUUUAUGGCGCUGGCGAGCUUCUGCGGCGGAGCGGCUAUCAAAAUCAACAUUGAAAAAUAUUACAAUGCCAUGAUUGGUCGCUUGACGCCCAUAGUGGCAUUUGUAAUGUGUUUGGAAUCCGUUAUCUGUGUCUUCUGUUAUUUGGUGGUUACCUUUAGUUUGGAUAUGACACGUUCGGAGCACCAAAACUGUUGGCAUCGUCUACAGAGUCUCGAUGAUGAAUUGAUUAAAGAUUUUCCUGCAUUUUUUUAUUUGUAUUUUUCAUGUAUAUCCUUCGGCUUUGUUUUUAACUUGGCCAAUUGCAAGUGUGGCUAUUUGAGUUCGUUGUUGGUGUGUUUCGGCUAUGCCUACAUGACGGGUUCGGCAGCAGUGGCCAGUUUCUUGUUUGUCGUUCAAAUGGAUAUGUUACGGUUGCGUUUCCGUUUACUAUAUAAACUAUUUCAAUUGAAUUUCGUUGAGAAUAAUGGCAAAGGACGACGACGUAAUGACAUCAAGAUAUUGAGAACAUUUAAAUCAUUGGAAUAUUAUUUUAAGGAAUACAAUGAAUUAAUACCACGUUUAAAUUCGGUAUUUAAUGUUGUUAGCAGUGCAUCGGUAUUCCAUGAUUUUGCAAUUAUAACAACAAUGGGUUUUUUGUUAUGCUCCAAAGCAAUUGAAGCGAAUCACCAUUGGAAAGAAUAUAUGUUUAUUGUGUUUUUUGUAAUGCCACGAGUUUAUAAAGUCAUUGUGUGCAGUAUUUAUGGUCAUAUGGCGCAUGUGGAGCGUAAGAAAUGUUGGCAGGAAUUUGUGCGCAUGGAAAAUUACGUAAAUAAAUCGUUUCGAAUUCACGACACUAUGGAUUCCCUUUAUCAUUGGCGCAUGCAUAACAAUGCGUAUUUUACCGUUGGCAGGAUUUUGCGGUUUAAUCUGGGUCUAUUGUUUAUGAUAUUUAAUAGCAUUGCGAAUUAUAUAAUUAUUUUGAUACAACUACAAUUUCAACAGAAUACAAUAAGACGAGCAUUACAUAGCGGUAAAAAUGCUAACGAUGUUGAAAUGAUUGAAAUGUAA